AAAUAUUAUCUGGCAUCAGUUCGAAACAUCCGUCAAAAUGAGCAAGCGAAACACUACGGGAUUUAGGAACAUAUUCAAAAAUAUUUACAAACGCGACAUGAAAGGAAACAGGCAGAAGACCUACGUCAUGGAGGAUUCCGAAUCGCAGAAGCCCGAAAUGAAUCCGAGUCCUGAGCGCAAGGAGGAUCGCAAGGAGCGCAGGAAGGAGAAGGAAAUGGAGAGCAAGCGGGAACUGGAGCGGCGAAAGGAACUCGCGCGGGAAAAAGAACGGGAGAAGAAGCAGGAAAAGCAGCAUCAGCAGGAGUGGCGCAAGGAACUGGAGAAGGAACGUCAGCGUGAAAAGGAAUUGCAGCGGGAACAUCUAAAGCAGGAUCCAUCCACCUCCUCCAGAAGGGUAAAUAAAGAAAUCACCAAAUUCGACGAGGAAUUCGAGCGGGACAUUCAAAAGUUGGAACAAAACAUUUGCCAGCUGGACUUUCGCUCCAAAACGAUGGCCACCAUGUGGAUGGACAAGCUGCGCCAGCCACCACACAAUGCAGACGAGGCCAGAUCAAGGAACAUAAUAACAUCCCACCUGCUCAAGUGCUGCGGCGAUAACGUAUUCAAUAAGGAGCCAUUCAAUCAUCCUCCGCCACCACAAAAUUUGACAACCAUAAGGGAGACGAUGAUCUUAACGCGCGAGAGUACGUGCCAUGGAAUGCCCAGUUCCAAGCAGAUGGAACCCAAAGCCAAUCUAACCCAAUUGUUUAGCGAUUCAUACGAUGGUGGCGAGUUCCUAAGCCAGCUUCCCGUGCCACGUGAUGGGGCAUUCUUUAUCUAUUACAUGCAACCAAAUUUAUAAAAGUGAAUUGGAUUUUAAAGGAAAGCCAGCUAAAUUCCAAACGUAAAUCUUCAAUUUGUACUUUUUAUACAAAAUGUUAGUAGGAAAAUGUUGAUAACCUUUACUUUAGUAAAUAAAGCUAGCUCGAAUUGUUUCUUA